AUGAAGUUCGCCGCCGAUGAGCGAGUGCUCUGCCAUACUAUGAAUCUUCUCUACGAAGCCAAGAUCACGAAGGUCGAAACCCGCGGUCCUAAAACCGAAGAUGGCAACGACCGUCCUGAAGAAGAACAGGGUCCUUACUACUAUGUCCAUUACAAAGGCUGGAAGUCGUCGUGGGAUGAAUGGCAACCGGAGCACAAUGUCUUGAAGUUCACGGAUGAGAAUGUGAAGACUGCGCAAGACUUGAAGAAGGCACAAGCCGCGUUAAAGAAGAAGCCAGAGAAGAAGGAUAAGGGAACGCCGGCCCCGGGUGAGAAGAGAGCAGGUGACGAUGCGACACCUGCAACUGCAUCACGGAGUCAGAAGAGAAGUCGGGUUGAUGUUGAACUGGAGAAGGAAGAAGACUAUAUGAAGAAGCCUGAAGUCCGCAUCCAUGUUCCUGAUACACUCAAAGCUCUUCUCGUCGACGACUGGGAGAACAUCACCAAGAACCAACAGCUCGUUACCCUGCCGCGUUCGCCGACUGUCACGGAGAUCAUCAACCAAUACCGUGAACAGGCUACCAAGAAGCGAGCAGGGAGCGCGGAGGCGGAUAUUUUCGAGGAGGUCUUGGGCGGUAUCAAGCUGUACUUUGACCGAUGUCUGGGAAGCAUUUUACUCUACAGAUUCGAGAGGCAACAAUACGUCGAUAUCAAGAAGAACUCGGGCGACCAAGAGAUGAGCGAUGUGUAUGGUGCUGAGCAUCUGCUACGGCUUUUCGUAUCCCUACCUGAACUUAUGGCACAUACGAACAUGGACGCACAAAGUGUGCAGGUUUUGAAGGACUACAUCGAGGAUUUCUUGAAGUUUCUCGCAAAGGAUCAGUCGAACUUCUUCUUGCAGACCUAUGAAAACGCAACACCAAACUACCAAUCGCUGGCGAAAGUGGUAUAA